AUGGUGCGUCUCCCCUGCCUUGUCGUCCUGGCCGGCAUGGCCGCCGUUGCGGGUGCCGCUACCCACCCGCCCGUAGCGUCGGAUGCUACCUCAUCUCGCGACCUGGUCGAUACGUACAUUGGUCUUGACCCCGAGGAUCGCGGCCAGCUGGACCGUGUGCUCUGCCAGGUCUCCGAUCCCAAUCACCCAGACUAUGGGAAUCACCUGUCCCGCGAGGAGGCCAAGGCCCUCCUCCAGCCGCCCCCCGAGGCAUUCCGCUCUGUCAAGCGAUGGCUCCUCGACGAGGGUGUGUCGCCGGAGCACAUCGAGGACAGGGGCCAGUGGGUUCGUGCCCGUGUCCCCGCUCGCGUGAAGUCUGCCACAUCUUCGUCCUCCAGGCGUGGCCUGCCGCUGAGUGAGGCCUCUAUGCCGGAGCAUGUGCGUCGGUACAUCUCCGUGGUUCGACCGAUGGGCACCCCUCCCGACGGUCAGAGAAAAGCCAAGAGCUUCUCUUCCAGUCUGGCUGCCAGGCGAAAGGUCGACGCCCCCAUGUUCGCUGAACGCGCCUUUUCGGUCGAAGUCAAUCUGACAGCCUGCGUCGAGACACUCACCCCGGCCUGUAUCCGCGCCAUCUACUACAUGGACGAACCACCUGCAGAGACGCAUCCCAAGGGGCUCUUUGGCGUCCCGGGCUUCCUCGAGCAGACAGUGCAGUUUGACGAUUUCGACGAGUUCAAUCACCUUUAUGCGCCCUAUGUUAAGUCCAACAUCACCGUGGAGCUGGUCAAUGGCGGAGUGAACCCCCAGGGAAACUAUGCCAGCGGCGAGGCCAACAUGGACAUCCAGUACGCCGUAGCCAUGGCGUAUGACGUACCGGUUCAGUUCAUCUCCGUGGGAGGCGGUCUCUGGGACUUCAACCCCGAUCUUGACAUUCCCGAGGCGACAGACACCGACUAUGUCGAGCCGUACCUCGAGUUUGCAGAGUACCUCCUCGAUCUGCCGGACGAAAAGCUGCCGCAGGUAAUCUCCAUCUCGUACGGGAUGAACGAGCAGGUCAUGCCUCGCGAGAACGCCCUCAAGACUUGUGAGAUGUUUGGCCAGCUGGGAACCCGCGGCGUGUCCAUCCUGGUGGCGUCUGGGGACGUCGGCCCUGGUGCGGGGUGCCAGUCAAAUGACGGUACCAACACCACCAUCUUCAUCGCCCAGUUCCCUGCAUCAUGCCCUUACGUCACGGCCGUGGGUGCCACAGAAGGUAACUCUCCGGAGACAGCCGUCUACUUCACCGGUGGAGGCUUCUCCAACCUCUGGGCCCGACCUGCGUGGCAGGACGAUGUCGUGAAAUCGUACCUCGAUGUCCACGGCCAGGAGUGGAGUGCCUACUACAACUCGAGUGGCAGGGCGUACCCCGACGUGGCGGCCUUUGGACUGGGCCACAAGACUGUGAACCAUGGCGAGGUCGAAGACGGCGGCGGCACCAGUGCCUCGACGCCCGUGGUCGCGGCUAUCGUUGCCCGGCUGAACAACGAACGGUUCCUCCGCGGCCAGCCGGCCCUGGGCUUCCUAAACCCCUGGAUCUACGGCAAGGGAAAGGCGGGAUUUACCGACAUUGUUGCCGGCUCGUCGGUGGGCUGCGAAGGGACAAGCCGAGCAAAUCUACCUGCGCCCGCCAUCCCCGGUGCUGGAUUUGCUGCUGUCGAGGGAUGGGAUCCUGCUACUGGCGUGGGAACGCCGCGAUAUGACCAGCUCAAGGAGAUUGCACUUGAGGGUCAUCCCAAGGCUCAGCACCUCUGCGUCCUCGUCCACGGUCUCUGGGGUAACCCCGAUCACCUGAAUAAUAUCGCCAAGAAUCUCCGCGCAAAGUACGGCCGCGACGAGCUGUACCUGUUGCUGGCCAAGCGCAACACCGGAAGUUUCACGUACGAUGGCAUCGAGCGCGGCGGCGAGCGGGUAUGCGCAGAGCUUGAGGAGGAGAUCAGGCUGAUCGAGGCGCAGGGCGGCAAAAUCACCAAGCUGAGCAUCAUUGGCUAUUCGCUCGGCGGGCUGGUGUCUAGAUAUGCCGUCGGGCUACUGCACGCUAAGGGGUUCCUAGAUAAGGUCGAGUGUAUGAACUUUACCACCUUUGCGACCCCUCACCUCGGUGUGCGCACCCCCCUCAAGGGCUGGCACAACCACAUAUGGAACGUCAUGGGGGCCCGCACGCUGGCCAUGUCGGGCCGCCAGCUCUUCAUGAUCGACAAGUUCCGCGACACGGAACGACCGCUGCUGGCCAUUCUGGCCGACCCGAAAUCCAUCUUCAUGUCCGGGCUGCGCCGGUUCAGGCGCCACACGCUGUACACCAACAUCGUCAACGACCGAAGCGCAGUGUACUACACGACUGCCAUUGAGAAGACGGACAUCUACAAGAACCCCGAAACGCUCAAGUUGCGUUACGUCCCCGGAUGUGAACCCGUCAUCAUCGACAUGGCCAGCCCGGUGGUCCCCCUCCCGGAGUCGAAGACGGCCGCCACGACGUGGGAGUCUGGCCUCUACGCAAUCAAGAUGCUCCCCUUUGCCCUGAAACUCAUCUUCUUCAUGCCCGUCGGCGUGGUGGCUUUCCUGAUCAACUCGGUCAUCCAGACGGUGCGCAGCUCCAACCGCGUCCGUCUGCACGAGGGUGGGAAGGCGGGCAUCAACGUUGACGAGUACCGCUUCCCUCUGCUCAUAAAGGGUCUGCGCGACGAAGUCCAGCAGGCCUUUGAGGCGCUCAACAACUCACAGGACAACGAGUACCUGGCCAUCGACGACGACGAGGUCGACGAUGACGCCGCCGACGCCCAGGCCACGGCGGAGGAGCAGCUGUCGCGCAUGAGAAAGGAACGUAGGAUGUCGAUCCCGACUCAGCCUACGCUGGCGCUCACGGCUGCCCAGUUCCACGCCAUCGACUCGCUGAACACUCUCGGCUGGAGAAAGUACCCCGUGUGGAUACACCGUAACGCGCACUCGCACGCGGCCUUGAUUGUACGGAUGGACCGGGAGACGUUUGCUGAGGGAUGGAUCGUCCUUAACCACUUUGUUGAAUCUGAGUUUUUGGUCUAG